CUUUAAUCUCCCGAAUCCAUGGCACAGGAAGCUAUGAUUUCGAGCCGGUUGGCCCUACCUAAGCAGAAGCAGUCCCCAAAUCUCGGAAUCCACAAAACGGCAUCUAGUGUAGCAAACCUUGCAAACCUUCUUCCUACAGGAACUGUCCUAGCAUUCCAAGCCCUGGCUCCAUCCUUCUCCAACAAUGGGGAGUGCGAAACCCCCAACAAGUACUUGACAACCUGCCUCGUCGCGCUCUGCUCCCUCUUUUGUUUUCUCUCCUCAUUCACGGACAGUUUCAAGGCCAAGGACGGGAAGGUCUAUUACGGGAUUGCCACGUUCCAUGGUUUCUAUGUGUUUAAUUCCGGGGACUGGGAAGGAGAGAAUGUUUUACAGGACAUGGACUUGGAGAAGUUGAGGAUCAGUUUCAUAGACAUGGUUCACGCCUUUGUUUCGCUGCUCGUGUUCUUGCUGUUCGCUAUUGGUAGCUCUGACGUGCAAGGCUGUUACUUCCACCAGCAGGGGUCUCACCUAGAAAAGGCACUGAUAACGAACUUGCCAUUGGGGGUGGGGUUCCUGUCGAGCUUUCUCUUCACGAUUUUCCCGACCAAACGUCGAGGGAUUGGGUACACGGAGAUGGCAGCUAGCCGGACCCAUCAAAUGGAGUAAAGAAACAAUCUGUGGGACGACUAAUAUGCCUAACAAACAUUUCAUAAAUGUCACAUUGGAGAUGUUUGAUUGAUCUUAUGUUAUUUAAUUUAUCUCGAGCAUAUAUGUACAGAAUAAAACACAGUAUUCCAAAGUUUACAUGGAAUUGGGCAUUUGGGCAGUUGGGCAAUUGUUAUGAAAUGAUUU